GAAUAUGGCAUUGCAGCACCAGACACAAAGAACCCACUUUCUGAUCCCUACCCGUUCAACUUGAUGUUUCAAACAUCCAUUGGCCCAUCUGGUUUGAGCACUGGUUAUAUGCGUCCUGAAACUGCGCAAGGAAUUUUUGUGAAUUUCAAAGACUUGUACUAUUACAAUGGGAACAAGCUCCCCUUUGCUGCAGCUCAAAUUGGUCAGGCUUUCAGAAAUGAGAUAUCUCCUCGCCAAGGCCUGCUAAGAGUACGAGAGUUCACACUUGCAGAGAUUGAGCACUUUGUUGAUCCUGAGGACAAGUCUCAUCCAAAGUACUCCGAAGUUGCAAAUUUGGAGUUCUUGAUGUUCCCAAGGGAACAACAGAUGUCUAAUCAAUCUGCUAAGAGACUUUGCCUUGGUGAAGCCGUUUCUAAGGGAAUUGUCAACAAUCAAACUCUUGGCUACUUCAUUGGGAGAGUAUAUCUCUUCCUAACUCGACUUGGUAUAGACAAGGAACGUUUGCGGUUCCGUCAACAUCUUGCCAAUGAAAUGGCCCAUUAUGCCGCAGACUGUUGGGAUGCCGAGAUUGACUGUUCCUAUGGGUGGAUAGAGUGUGUUGGUAUUGCAGAUAGAUCUGCAUAUGACCUAAGUGCUCACUCAGAGAAAAGUGGUGUUCCUCUUGUUGCUCAUGAGAAAUUUUCAGAUCCUAGAGAAGUGGAGAAAUUGGUUAUAGCCCCAGUAAAGAAAGAACUAGGUCUUGCAUUCAAGGGAAUGCAGAAGAGUGGUUGAAGCUUUGGAGUAAAUUUAAUAGAAAUGAAUUCUUUACAAAUUUUGACGUC